ACUACUUUAUUCUCUUAUAAAUUGCCUUCAUCAAGGCGAAUGUCAUCAGCUUUGAUAAGUCAAGAUGUCGUUGGUGUCUUUUUGCUCGCUUGUGCUCGUGGUGGCUGUAUCGUGUUGGCAGGGUUCGGCCCUCAAGUGGACAAACUGCGGAGAAAAAGAAAGUCCAGUAAAAGUGACAACCUUGCGUUUGAAGCCUAACCCCAUUAUUGUGGAGCAAGGGAAGGAAGUCAGGUUUUCCGGGAGUGUCGAGGUGAAGGGAAAGGUCGGAUCUACGUAUAAACUGAAGACAGAGGUGGUAAAGAACCCUGGGUAUUGGUACGCCAUGACCUUAGGCUGCUACGGCUCAUUUGGAACGUGUGAAUACACAGACUUAAAGUGUGAGCAGAUGCUACCAUUCCUUAAGGUCCCCUCGUGCCCUCCCCCCAAGGGGACCUACGAGCUUAAAGAGCGCAGAAUGACGAUUCCUCACCUCAGCAUUCCUUCUUUUCUAACGAAUGGACUGUAUUCAAUUAAAGCUGAGGUUUUUGACCAACGGACUGACGAAUUGUUGGCUUGCGCUGAAGUGGAAGUAACGGCGACAUCAUAGAUCUACAUCAAAUUAGCAAAACUUCAAUUAUCAAACAUCAGACUUUUUUUCUACUUGUAAUGCUAUAUAUGUAUAAUGUAGUUUGCAUGUAUGAUAAAGGAAUCAAAUAAAGUUGAAGAAAAUAUA